AUGUUUGGCGACCUACUAGAAUUUGGCUCUUCCGUCUUAAAAAAAGCUUCAAAUUCAGGCAUCUUAAACCCAACUUUCUAUUCCACAAAGCAUUACCACUUUUCUGGAAAGGAGGUUUCGGACAAUGUAUCCCUUUCAUUCAGUGGAAAAGGGAACUAUUUUCAAAUUUCUCAGCUCGAGUCGCAGCUCUCUGAAGAACAAAAGAAAGUAGAACUUAAUAUUGAUGUGGCACAUAAAGCUGGAGACCCAUUUCCUCCAAUUCCAGUCUUCAAACUUUCCGACGGCGAAGAAGUUAUAUUGACUUCUAAUGAUAGCGCCGUCGAAGCCGGCAACACUUUCCCCUAGGCGCACCUUGGUGAUCGAAGCGGACCGGCCCAGAGGUCUGUGGGCCCGAUGCGGCGAAAGGCGAGCGGAGGUCUGGGCUUUGCCAACCCCGUAGUGGACGUUAAGCGUUAUAAGUAGUAAGUUAAGUUAAGACUUCUAAUGAUAGCAAAUUUUAUCUAUAUAUGUUUUGAAUGUCCUGGAGCCCAUCAAGCCAGGAGCCUAUGAAGUAUAACCAAGCAAUAAUGGAAAGAAACCCUGACUGAGAAGGACGCGUUGAAGUUAUUGCAAUUUCUAUUGAUGAUACCAGAGCUGAGGCAGAAAGGAAGAUGAAAGAUGAAGGAUGGGAUAAAAUUUCUUCAUACUGGGCAGGCAGUGACUCAUAUUAUACAAAAGCGCCAAAAAGCUUAAAAGUUGAUGAAAUACCUACCUAUGUUUUAGCGCAUCAAGGAAAAAUCUUGUGGAGAGGAGCUCCUGGGAAGGUAGAUUUAGAACAAGUCAUAAAUGAAGGACUUUCAGGGAGUCAUUUAUCAUUACCGCCACUUCCGCUAAAACCUGGAGACGUUUGCCCUGCAUUUAGCGCUGUAGAUGCAAAUACAGAAGAAGAUGUAGAUUUUUCAUUGGCAGAUGAUAACGGCAAAAUUUAUUUAAUAAAUUUCUGGGCUAUUUGGAGUGAAAAUAGUGUAAAAUGUAUGCAAAAUUGCCAAGAAAUUCUUGCUACUCAUCAGGAAUGGGCAGAUAAAUUCUUUGUUUUAGGAAUUUCAAUAGACUCAUACAGAGAAGAAAUUGUUGGGAAUUUCCAAGAUAAAGGGUGAAAUUUAAUUAAAAACUUGUGGGCAGGAUCAGAGACAUGGUAUGGGCCAGCACCAAAAGCUCUUGUGCUUGAAAACAUGCCUUAUAGUGUGCUAGUUCAAAAUGGUAAAAUUGUUUUCUCAGGUGAUCCAAGUGGGAGAAAGCUCGGUUUAGACUUAGAAGCUAUAUUAAAAGGGGAGCCACUACCGAAAAAAUAUCCAAAUGAAGCUUAUCUAAUGAGUAAAGAUGAGCUAGAUGGAAAAUUUGAAGCAUUGAAAAAUGCAUAUGAAGAAUUCGUAUCAGACAAUCCAUAUACUCAACGUCCUGUCAUUAAUUUUGAUGCCAAAUUAACACUUAAAGUUGAUUCUGAAGAAGAAGCACAAGAAUCCUUUAUUUGGGGAGAAUAUUCUCUUAAUCCUCUUCUAAUUAAAACAUACUAAAAUAUUUUUAUUCAAAAAACAUUUGUGAUAAAAAAAUAAAGAAAAUCCAAUUAAAAAUUUAAUUAAUGAAGAAUUAGUGAAAAAGACGCAGUUUCUUCUCUUACUAGAAAAAUAAAAGAUGCUAUUCCAGAAGCUGAUAUAAGGCUUAAGUUUGAACCUCCAGCAGCAUUUUGUGAAAGGGGGUCUCAAUGCAAUCUAUGCAAUGCUCCACUAACCUUUAACGAUACUCAAUAUGAAUGCUUAUAUUGUGACCCAAAGCACUAUCAUUGUGAUAAUUGCGAAAAAAUAAUCAAAGAAGGUGUAGUAGGCUCUGCGAAAUUUGCGCAUCCUCAUUUUACGUUUGUUAUUCAUCCAGGUGCCCAAAAAUUGGAUAAUUUAAGAUAUGGAGCAAACCGCUAUGACAUGACUGAGUAUUGUGAAGACAAAAAUGGUGAGGGACACUGUUGCUCGUGUGACAACAGGAAUGCAGGGCUUUGUGAUGGAACUGUCAUUGGAAAUAGAUAUAAAUGUGCCCACUGUCCAGAUUUUGAUUAUUGCCAAAAAUGCCAAGAAAGAUAUGAGACUCGUGAUGAAAAGACAGUUGAAUGGGCAGAAAGCCAUGGACAUUUGCCUUGGCAUAUCAUGAUCAAGCUGAGAAUGCCUUAA